AUGACUGAAAACCUUCCCCAGAAUCUAGACCUCGCACAGAUAUUGGCUACACUUGCGAGCCUGCCCAAACCGGCACCUCAGCCUGGUCAAGAUCAACAACACGCAAACGGCAACUCAUACAACAGCCAAGGAUACGAAAACAUUCAACAACAGCACCCUACUGGACAAGUCAACAUCCACCAACAAUCGGCUGAUCCUCGCUUGAUUGGUCGCUCAGUUCCUCAGCAUCGGCAGCCAGCCCUCAAACCGCAAGAACCCAGCGUUUCGUCUCCACCUAUUGACCCUUCAACAAUCACCGAAUGGAAGCAAGGUCUCCGUUGCGUGAGCAAAAUAGCUGCUAGAAACCCAGAGUUUGCUCCAGCGAUCCGCAAGUUGAUGAAAGAUCAAGAGUCUGCCGUCAAGUCAUGGGAAACUGGCCGUAAGAAUCUCAUCGAGGAACAGAGGUUCAAGCGCGAGAAUGAGCGAACCCAUCGAGCUGCACUGUCUCUACCGGGUCUUCUGAAAGAUGUUGCACUUCUUCGGACACCAGAGUGUGAAAAGGAAGAACUUGAACAAUAUGACGCAAAGGUCUACCGAGUCUGCAAAGCAAUGGUCGACUUGCAGACCUCAUCUCUCAAGGUCUUGGGUGUUCCCUUCUUUGGCGUAAAGCCUUAUCUAGUAUCUGGCUCCAGCUACGAUCCUACUGAGGUCACAGAUGCACAAGCAGCUCCAACAGGCGGCAAGAUCACUAAAGAGCAACUUCUCGAACUGCAGCGGAAGAUACGCACGGUUGUUCCGAGUAUUAAUGGUGUGUUGGACAUGUUGGUGAUAGCAAACGCUGUCGCCGAGGUCGCACACUUGAGUCAACCCUUGGAGCCUGUCGCUACUGGAGAAGUGGCGGCUCAGAUCUGCGACAAGCUCCCGACGCUCUGCACCCAUGCGGUAAUGCUAAAAGGUCUUGAGACAACUCUGACCUACCUGUGUCCCGAGACCGAGAGCCCGUCUGUUGUCACCAUCACCAAGACUGCUACCACGACUGCAACUGCUACGGUGACUGCUGGCCCGGAUGGAGCUGCACCUCCGAUUUCCAUGCCUACUACUUCGGAUGAGCCGACUACGACAGUGACGCUUCAGUCAACCCGUCAAGUCACUAUGACUUGGACCAUUACAGAGAUUCCUGCCGGUAUCUCUGUGUCGCUUAUCCCGGGGAGCAUGCCUCCAGUCCUCACGCCACCUGCUACUUCGGAUGAGCCUACUACGACGGUGACACUUCAGCCAACCUCGCAGAUCACUAGGACCGAGACCGUCACUAGGGUCACUCCCAGCUCUUCUAAGUCUUCAUCUUCGUCGCUCACCCCGGCUUCGAUCACUUGGUCUUUCACAGCGGUCCCCCCAUAUGAUAUCUUUCCGACACCAGUCUCAAGCACUGCAGACUUGGUCUCUGCCAACUCGACUGGCAACUCUUCGACUUCAUACGUUUUCCCCUACCACGUUAAGUAUACUUCCCCUAUCCCUCACAGUGACUACAUCAAGCCCUCUGCAUUAUAUAUUGCGCAUGCUGAGGCUAACGAGACCGUUACCGCAACUGCAACCCCUGUUCCUACGGAGAGCAGCAAUGGUAUGGCUGGAGAUGGCCGCGUGUCAUUUGUUGCCCUGUUCCUCGGCUUGAUGGCUGCAGCUUUCAUAGUCUAA